ACGUAGAAGGACAUACACACUUGCGCACAGACCACGAUGGACAGCAAUCUUGGCAUCGCAAAGGAAGUGAUCGUGGAAGCCUUGGCUGCGUCCAUGGAACCUGGUACGAAUCCAGAGGAGCUGAAGAUUCGCCGUAGCUCUUCGCAGGUGAUCGUGGCGUUGCCUAAAUCGUGGUCUCCGGAGCAUUGGUUCCCUCAAGACAGCGAAGCCAAGCCUUUCGGAGAUACCCCGAUCGGCCGUGAGAAGUUCCGAUCUCUCAGGACAAUCGGCAAGGAUGUGGACGCCACGGUCAACGGCGCAUUCAUGGCAAGAUUCCUACGUAUUCUGAACGAUGAAAGUGGAAAGUUCCGCGCGGAGGUAAAAGAGGCAGUGGGGCACGAUAAGCAAAUAAUAUUUACAGGCCAUUCAUCGGGCGGUCCAAUCGCGAUAUACACGACUGUUUGGUUCCUUGAGAAGUACAUAAGAUCCAACGAGAAGCAGACUCCCCGUCCUCUCUGUUUAACAUUCGGAUCCCCACUUACCACCGACCGCACCUUUUGCCAUGCCAUCCGGCGUGAGGGUUGGUCUGAUUGCUUUGUCCAUUUUGUUACGAAACUCGACAUCGUUCCCAGGAUUCUGCUUGCUCCUCCCUCCUCUACAAGGGAGUUGCUAGAAGAAAUUUUCUCUUUCUCUGACCCACAUCACAAAGCCAACCAAGCAAAAUUGGCUACGUUAUUUGUGAAUGUGAUGAAGAAUACAUCAUGUGUUGCAAACUAUGCAGCUUGCGAACUAACGGGAAGCAAACAUACCUUAUUUGACACCAUGUCUAGAUUCAUCAAGCUAAGCCCUUACCGACCGUGUGGGAAGUAUGUCUUUUGCACCGAGAAUUGCGGGUUCGUGGUCGUGAAGAACCCGGAUGCGGUUCUUCAACUGUUGUUUUACUCUUUACAGAUCAAAUCCGAAACAGAGCUUCAGAAGAGAGCAGAGGAAAGCUUCAAGGCCCAUUGGAGAUAUGAAGGUGCAUUAAACAGAAGCUUGGCCCCGCACAGUGUUGUUUGUUUGCAGAACCUCCGAGAAUUGCCUCUCAGCUCAGAUGAUGCCGCACUAAAUGACCUUAACCUGUUCGCACCGGCGAGGCUGUGCCUUCGCGCCGCUGGAGAGUUGGAGAAGAAGAAACAGGAUAACCAGAAAAGGAUCGAAGGCAAAGUGGGCGAGAUAGAGAGUGCCCUCAACGCAUUAGAAAAGUACCGGACCACGAGCAAGGAGGGAUAUUACGAUGCUUUCAAAUUGCAAAAGGAGGAGGACGACUUCAAGGCUAACGUAAAGAGACUUGAACUGGCAGCUAUUUGGGACGAGAUCAUUGAACUGCUAAGACAUGAUCGGCUCCCCGAUGGAUUUGAGGCAGAUGAAAAAUGGGUGGUUCUCGGCACGCGUUUUCGCCGACUUGUGGAGCCAAUAGACAUAGCCAACUACUAUCGACACUCCAGGGAUGAUGUGGCAGGUCCUUACCUGGAGAAAGGAAGAAGGCCAAGUCGGUACAGAUUUACACAAAAAUGGCGAGAACACGCAGAGCAUUUACAAGCAGAUUCAUCGGGUGAAUCCUCCUUUUGGGCCAAGGUGGAGGAGCUGAAAAAUAAACCAUGGGAAAAAAUAAGGAAUGAGGUCUUGGAUUUGGGGGCCCACCUUAAAAAUUGGUGCGAAAAGGAGGAGGUGGAGAGUGAUCUGUUCUCAAAAAAGAGCACACUCGUUGAGUGGUGGCAAGCUCUCUGUAAAGACCAUGCUGAGUUGCACGGCAUACUUCCGAUACCACCUGUUGAGUGAGACUUGUAUUGCUAUUUCUCAAUGUAGCAAAAUACCCUUAAUGUUUGUAAAACGUUUUGUUUGGGGAUAUGCAUAUUUAUAAGCUUUCUUCACCGACAUACUUUUAUGAAAGUGGUAGAUGCAUAGACUCGUGUUCUCCAUUUAAUCCACACUCUUCGACUAUUAUCCAAAGUCACUUGAUAGAGAUUAUUUCUUGGAUUCUUCUGCACACAA